AUGCAACAAUUAUUAAUUACUAUACUUAGUCUUAUACUAUUUGCUGAUGGGGCAAUAGUAAAAACGUCGUUCGGCAGUGUUGAGGGAACGGAUGUUGAAAAUUUCCGUUCAUUCAGAAAGGUUCCAUUUGCUAAACCUCCAAUUGGAAAACUGAGAUUUCAAAAACCAGAAAAACCGGAUAAAUGGAAAGGAAUAUUGAAUGCCAAAGAAUAUGGACCAGCCUGCAUGUCCAACUCUUCUACUACUUCUAGUCCUCAAAAAUGGGUGGACGAAGAUUGUCUUCAUGUAAAUAUCUUCACUUCUGAGAAUUGUUUAAAAUCCAAAAAUUGUGCAGUUAUAGUUUAUAUUCAUGGCGGAGAAAUGUUGUAUGAUUCUGCUGUCAUGUUCAAUGAUACCGUCAUUUUUGAUGCGUUUGCGAGUCGAGAUGUAGUUCUUGUUAUCCCUGCUUUCCGUCUUGGAAUCUUCUCACAUUUCGUUGUGAAAGAUCAGAGUGUUGCUCCAAACAAUCUUGGAUUAUUCGACAUUGUUCAUGGUUUGGAAUUCGUCAAAUCAGAAAUUCACCACUUCGGAGGGAGCAACAAAAAUAUUACAUUGUUAGGGCAUUCUUAUGGUGCACAUGUUGUCUCUACACUACAGUUUAGUACGAAAGUCAAUAGGGAUAUGAGUCUUUUCCAAAAGUCUGUGAGUAUGUCCACAGUACUGUACUUUGACACUUUUGAACUCCAAAUUGAGAAGACAAAACGAUUUGUGGAUCAUGCCAACUGCUCUGUCCCUCUAGGAUUGACUAAAAAACUUUCUGAAAAGCAACAUGACUAUUUAGUAAUGAAAUGUCUGCAAAAGAAAGAUGCGUUGGAAUUGCUCAGAAUCCAACGAAUUCUCGAAGACGCUGGAUUCCCAGCUUACGAUGGUCACAUUAUUCGAGAGCCUCUUAUCCAGGAAGUUUCAUUGGCUCAACUAUUCGAAACGCCACAAAAGAUGCCAACAAUGGUAGGAUGCACAUCUUUAGAACUUGAUAAGUUCAUGGCAUAUCAUGACAUCUCCAAGGCAAUGGGAUAUAAAAACUAUGAGGAAUGUGAUGAAAAGUAUAGAAGAGACAAGAAAAAAAAGAAUUUCGAUUUCGAGGGACAUGCCGACGAAACCCUUGCAAUUAUUGCUCAAACACAGUUGAAAACAAACAAGCUGCUAGAAAAUAAGGUUCCGACAUACCUCUACGAGUAUUCUUACCCGAAACAUGCAUCUCACACUGACGACCUUUCAUAUCUUUUUGGUGUUCAUUCUUUUGAACAAGAUGAAAACGAAGCUCACUUAUCAGAAGUGUAUAGGAACAUGUUCGUUAACUUUGCAAAGUACGGAAACCCCGGGAAUGGUUUCAUCAAAACAAAUCUGGAGAACUCGUCAUAUUUUGAUGUCUACUGGAACGAAAACACCGGAGCAAGACCAACAAUGAAAGAUGGAUUUGAAAGAAAGAUGAACAACUACUUCCUUGGAGAAAUGGUGGAGUUUGACAGAAAUGUAACCGCCUUUAAAAAAUCAAAAAGUGUCAAAGUUCCAACUGCAAGAUUCUUCAAUGAAAUAUCCGAUCAUGAUCAACUGCCCUAUAUGUACAUCAGUCUGCUCUUGAUUUCUUUGAUCUUCUUUACUGGAUGUAUUGUUGGCAAGAUUUGCUGCACUGGACCCAAUGAGAGGCACCUUUAUAUUCAAUUGGAUGGGAACGAUCAUGAUUGGACCACUGUAAAAAACUUUUGA